CACCGGGCAGAAGGCUUCGGGUCUUUGACAGAAUUAUACAGACUCAAAUUAACGUGUGAACACGAGUGUAUAUGGAACUUUGUUUUCUUUGAUAUCUGCGAAAGGUUCGUGGGACUUGAGUGCAACGUCGAAAUAGGUCACUUCCGGUGAACCAGAUACGUGACAAGUUUGGGUGCGGAAGCUAGCUGAGAAGCUGAAACACGUCUGGAGCUGCACCUUGAAACCGCACAGUCCAGUUUGGAGGCUUCGAUGGGGGUGGGCCAGACGGAUCCGGAUCAGGUUCCGGCUGACGCGGUGGGCAGGCGGGUGUCCUGUGGCAAGGAGCGCGCCACGGUGCGGUACGUGGGCCCGGUGCCGCCCACAGCCGGCUUGUGGCUCGGUGUGGAGUGGGAUCAUCCAGAAAGAGGCAAACACGACGGCAGCCAUGAUGGAGUCCAGUACUUCACGUGCAGACAUCCUACGGGAGGCUCCUUCGUCCGCCCGGCCAAGGUGAGCUUCGGCCUGGACUUCCUGAGCGCCAUGUGUCAGCGGUACGAGGUGAGCCGGGAGGAGGUGCUGAGCGAGGCCUCCGGCAGGUGCGACUGGUGGGCGGUGGAGGAGCGCAGGAACGAGGAGCUUCCGUCUUUGCUGCUGUCUUCCUCCGAGGUGAACGGGCCCGGCGCCGCUGGAGACAUCCGGAAAACAACGCCGAACGUGAAGUGGUUGGACCUGACGAGGACUCUGCUGUCCUGCUGGGACGACGUGGCUGCCAUCAGCACACAGCUGGAGCAUCUGGAAACACUGCAUCUCAGCUUCAACAAGCUGCGUCUGCCCUCGGAGGUCGCCGCUCACCGCCAGGCGUUCAGCGGGCUGCGAGUCCUCGGCCUGAACGGCUGUGACCUCACCUGGCCACAGAUCCUGCAGUGCGCCCCCAUGUGGCCUCAGCUGGAGGAACUCAGCGUGGAAGGAAAUGACAUCACAGAGCUGCAGAGACCUGACGGAGUCCUGCAGUCCCUGAAGACCCUCAGUCUGUCCGGUAAUCCGGUGGUGCAGGACUCUGUGCUGAGCCUGUCCGCUCUGCCCAGGCUGGAGUCCCUGAAGCUGUGUGAGACCGGACUGUCCGACCUUCGGUUUGACGACGCGGCGCCCGGACAGCUGACGGCCAUGUUCCCAGCACUGACGUCCCUGAACCUGGACUCCAACAGCAUCACUCAGUGGUCUGUGGUGGACGAGUUGGCGAAGCUGCCCGCUUUGGUGAAGCUUUCCUGUCGUCGUAACCGCCUGGUGAGCCAUGACGGAAACCCCGAAACGGCCACUCAGAUGAUCGUCGCCAAACUGGGACGGCUGGUCUUCCUCAACGGCUGCGAGAUCCACCCGGAGGAGAGGAGGGGGGCGGAGCUCGACUACAUCAAGAUGUUCGGAGAGGAGUGGCUGAAGGCGGGUGGGAGGAGUCAGCUCAGCAGCCAGUUUGUCUGUCAGCACCCUCGUUACCUGAGCCUCAUCGACAAGUACGGAGCUCCAGAGGAAAGCGAGGUGAAGAAGCUGAAGCCGUUUGCCCUGAAGAAUCAGCUGUUAAAGGUCACGUUUGUGUUUCCCGAUGACGCCGAGAGGAAGCCCAUCGAGAAGAAACUUCCAGCCUCCAUGGACAUCCAGAAGGUGAAGGGUCUCCUGCACAGACUGCUGAAGGUUCCUGUUGCAGAUCUGAAGCUCAGCUACACCACCGCCGAGAAGGAGGGGACCGAGUUUGAGAUCAGCAAUGUCAUGAAGAGUCUGCACUUUUACGCCGUAAAGGAUGGAGACCAGGUGUUGGUCCGCUGGUCCUGACUUGGACCAGGCCCAGACCAGGCCUGGACCACAGCAGAAGCCUCCAGGACUGAACUUGAGCUGCUUCUGCUUUGGACUGAGGACACAGAGACUCACACUUCGUCUGAAGAUCUCCAGUGUCCACCAGGUCAGGACUGAGACCUGCAGCUGCACAAACACAAACAUGUAAUGUGGAUUGUUUUGCUGUGUGAACAGAAGUUCCACGUUAGCACUACAAUCAUUAAACUGUGCUGAACCGCCUAAUCAUCCAGCUCAGCGUCUCCUCGCCCUCGCCGACUUGUAUUCAGCUUUCAAGAUGGCGGCGUAGCAGAUUGCUGAGCUGACGGGGUGAUAAGUAGAGCCUGUUUCAUGCUAGUGAGACCAACUAGCAGCUGAAUGAGAGCAGGCCUUCAGCCGUGAACUUUGAGAUGACCAUGUGUGUGAUACUUCUUAAUGUUCCUGCAGGUGGCGCUGCACAGCGAGGAAGUCUAGAAAAUUUAAAAGAAGAGAAAAUCAGAACACUGCUUUAUGUUUCCUCCAUUUUGUCUGAAGCUUAACAGCCUUAAUGCCAACACAACAAAAAUAAAACGUGACUCAGCACACAGAAGUAAAGAUGAAUAAAACUGA